AUGGCGGUGCAAAAUAUGAUUACAAAUGGUUGCAGACGCCGUAUUGGAAAUGGGCUUGAUACACGAAUUGGCACUGACCCAUGGCUGCAUGACAAUGACAACCCCUAUGUCCGGACAUUGUUGCUUGAAACGAUUUGUGAGGCUCCGGUUUCAUCACUGAUGAAUAUGCAAGUUUACGAAAACCCAAAGAUGAUUGGAUCUAGCACUGGGAUCAUAACGGGGAGUACACGGUUAAAUCAGCUUACAGGCAUCUUACUAUGGUGGCGAAUGACGGACGACCUUGGUCUAAAAUAUGGAAUCUCCAUGUCCCACCAAAGGGGAGAAGAUGAAAGUGCGCUCCAUCUUUUUGCUAAAUGCCCUGAAGCUAUUAACAUCUGGAAUAAGUUGGGUGUGCCACAAACUUUUGAUGUCCAGAAUGUUAGUAACUGGUUCUUUAAUUAUAUUAAUGUGUUGAAGGGUGAUUUGGUAGCUAAAUUUGUUGUUAUUUGCUGGGCCAUUUGGAAUAGCAGAAAUGCAUAUGUUUGGAAGGGAUUAGCUGUUGACGUUGACCAUAUGCUAAGAAGUUCACUAGCUUUUCUUGAGAAGUGGAGGCAUGCAAAUCAUAUAGAUCACCCACGCUAUACUGGCAUAAAUACGGUUGAGACGCACUGGUGUAGACCGGAAAGAGGAAGGCUAAAAUUGAACACUGAUGUUGCGCUUCACCAUGAAAAUAAUCUGAUGGGUUUAGGGUGGGUUCUGCGUGACGAUGACGGGCGUUUUCUAGCAUCAAAAAAUGUAUGCAUGCCGGGAAGAUUUACAGUUACUGAAGCUGAAGCUUUUAGCCUCAGGGAAGCUCUCAGUUGGUUAAAAGAUUCUGGUAUGGGCUCUGUUGAUGUUGAAAUGGACUCCCAAAUAGUUUAUAACGCUUUACAUAAACCUUCAUUUAUUUCUGCUUUUGGUAUGUUAGUUGAUGACGUAAAAGAAUUAGCAUCCAUGAUUUAUGAUGUUAAUUUUCGUUUCGUUAAACGAUCUGCGAAUUGUGCCGCCCACACUGUUGCAAGGGAGGCCUUUUCAGUGUCAGGUUAUAGGGAGUGGUUGGAUACUCCUCCUUUAUUUCUUGUAAGUUGUCUUGCAAGUGAUUUAAUGAACUAA